AUGGAUGGGGAAGCGGAAGCACAAAGGAGCAGUUUGCGUAAACGUCCAGGUAUCGACCUGGACCCGGAGCUCGCAGGCUCACUGGCUGAGCAAACAACCUCCCACUCGCGGCUUCUAUUCUCGGCUGUCAACAUCGCCAUCGCCAUCGCCAUCGUCUGUCAAGUGUCUAGUUGCACGUGGCUGUGUGCCAGGGUUGGAGCCCGACUGCCCGAGAAAGAGCUUUUGCCAAAGUUCUCACCAGUGGUCAGAGAAAAGGACAAGGCCAAGUGCAGGAACAUGGAACACGCGCUGCGGGAGAAAGCCAAGGCCUUCUGGGCCAUGCGGCGCUCCUACGAGGCCAUCGCCAAGCACAAUCAGGUGGAGGCUGCCUGGCUGGAAGGGCGAAUCCGGCAGGAGUUUGACAAGCUUCGAGAAUUCUUGAGAGUGGAGGAGCAGGCCAUCCUGGAUGCCAUGGCCGAGGAGGCCAGGCAGAAGCAGCUUCUGGCCGAGGAGAAGAUGAAGCGGCUGGCGGAAGACACAGAGGCCCUGGCCCAUGAGAUUGAGCGGCUGCAGAUGGAGAUGAAGGAGGAUGACGUUUCCUUUCUCAUGAAACACAAGAGCCGAAAACGCCGCCUCUUCUGCACCAUGGAGCCAGAGCCUGUCCAGCCUGGUAUGCUCAUCGACGUUUGCAAGUACCUGGACUCCUUGCAGUACCGAGUCUGGAGGAAGAUGCUCGUGUGUGUCGAAUCUGUGCCUUUCAGCUUUGAUCCCAACACUGCGGCUGGCUGGCUGUCCGUGUCAGACGACCUCACCAGCGUCACCAACCACGGCUACCGGGUCCAGGUAGAGAAUCCGGAGCGCUUCUCAUCGGCGCCCUGCCUGCUGGGCUCCUGCGUCUUGUCGCAGGGCUCACAUGCCUGGGAGGUGGACCUGGGGGCACUGCCGAGCUGGCGCGUGGGCGUGGUGCGGAUGCGCCAGGACGCGGGUGCCGAGGGCCACUCGCACAGCUGCUACCACGACACGCGCUCGGGCUUCUGGUACGUGUGCCGCACGCAGGGCGUGGACGGCGACCACUGCGUGACCUCGGACCCCGCCACAUCGCCCCUGGUCCCGGCCAUCCCGCGCCGCCUGCGCGUGGAGUUGGAGUGCGAGGAGGGUGAGCUGUCCUUCUACGACGCGGAGCGCCACUGCCACCUGUACACCUUCCACGCCCGCUUCGGGGAGGUGCGGCCCUACUUCUACCUGGGCGGCUCGCGGGGGGACGGGCCCCCCGAGCCGCUGCGCAUCUGCCCCCUGCGCAUCACCGUCAAGGAGGAGCUGGAUGGCUGAAGCCCGCCCUGCCGGAUGCCGCCGGGUCUCGCGCCCCGGUCGCGUUUCCCUUCUGUCUCUUCCCAAAGGCACGCUUGCCUUGGUACCUCUCUGCCUCCCGCCUUCUUGCCAGGAUCUUCCUCCUGGCCAUCCUAUCCUUUUCUGUGGCUCCAGGCCAUGUGCCUCCUCCCUCAUUUUUGGUCCCUUCUCUACCCACCUUUGAAAGUCAUCCAGGAGGUACCUCCCCGAUUAGGCUUUUUCCAAAGUUGUGGCAUCCUCUGGAUGUGAAUUUUCUGAUUCACAGUCUAAGAUUGCUGGGGAUAAUGUUUGCUUCUAGAAUGGGUCUGUUUAAAAAUGUAAGCUUCAUCCCUUUCCAGCAGUGAUGAGGCCAGCAGACUGGAGGAGGACUGCUGUCGAGAAGAGUUUGUUACAGUUCCCAUGAGGGGGGCCCUGCCAUGGUGGGGCUGGGGUGGGGUUUGGGAAGCACCAGGGUCCUUAGGAGGCAGGGGGCGUGAGGGGAAAGCGGUGGGAGACUUACUGUGCUUUUCAAGGGAAGGAACAGGCCAGGAAGGGUAAGUGGGUGUAUGAUCGGCAAGUUGGAAUACUUUUGACCGGCGCUAGGGCGCAGGGGCUGCCCCUAGUUGUCUGAUACCUGGCCCUGGGAUGAUUAGGACAGGGGGAUAUUGGCCUGGAGUGGAGGAGCCCUGUGAGAGCCUGAUACAGGAGGUGGUUGUGGGUAUACCUCUGCGUGUAGAAGGUUGGCUGCAUUUGAAAGGCGUGCUCAUAGGGGAGUUGUUUGCUGUAUCCAGGAAUUUGCUAGCCAGAGAAGCCCCAGAUGCCAAAGGGUCGAGAUUACAGAAAAGAAGAAAAUAUAGUUAAUACAGGACCAUUGCCAUGGCUUUGGGGAGGACCCAUGGCCAGGCUUGUCUGUCACUUUAUACCAGUAUUUAAAACUGCUCCAAGGGCCUCCCUGGGGCCCUUCAGGGUGGGGUUGGGGGCAAGGCUGCCCAUCAGCUCGGCUCUGAUUUAUUGAUUUACUCUUCUUGGAUGAUUUCCUGUGAACAGAGGUUCCAGAGCACUUUAAAACACACAAUUUAAAAACUGUGGUUUAGACUUGUUCCCUCUGUGGGCCUCACUUUCCUCAUCUGCAAUAAGAUUGUAGGCCUGGAAGGUGGUGCCCUUCUGUAAUUGUGCGGAGCAUCUUCCUCGGAUUCUUCUCACAAAGGUACAGAAGGGAGGGAAAGAGGGGCCCUUUCAGUUAGGAAGGAAGGAAGGGGACGCGGUCCAGGGGAAGUACAAGGAGGGAGGGCGCUCCAGGGCCCUUGUCUUUGCCGACCUCAGCCUGCUCGUUCUUGUUCUGGCUUUUGUGUUCUCAUCCUGAUUUCUUCUCCCUCUACCAUGCCUACAGACUCCUACCUCCACCUUUUCUUCCUCACACCUGCCUGCAGAGAGUUUUUCAUUGUCAACUCACCGUGUCCUGGGACAGUACUGUAAAAGGAAAUGUUUUCCCA